AUGGCCUUUAGAGUUCGCUACGUUCCACUCUCUCCUCAAGGCUCUAAACCUCGGGCGAUGACCUCUGAAACAGAACUCAAACCCUUCGAGUUUGUCCCACUGUCGCAGGAUAUCAUCAACAAAGCAAAAAAAGGUUUCGAGGACCUCAUCAAUGAGCUAUGCCCACUCCCGACCCCUGAGCAGACCUCAUUUGCGCACAAUGAUUUCUCCAAUUUUGCCUCCACGUCGACGUUCCCGAUCGAUGACAUGCAGGUCUCGCCUCCAUUUCUUCAACCCGACUCCUUGUCAGAAGAGCAGCAUCAAUUUUAUUCCUUGCUGGAUCAAAUUGCAGGAUCUGAAUUCCCUAGACUCUAUCCCACACAGGAUUCUUCCGACGUGCAAAUGAGUACAGACACCAUCUUGGACAAGUUUCCUAGCUUCGAAGGUGACAUGACCUGGAAUCUUACCGACGAACAGCUUAUGGAGCUGGGGAGUUGGGAGAUAUCUCCAGACAAUAUCUUUGUUCCCGAAACUGCGUCUGAGCUCGAGGAUUUUGCCACGCCCGUGGAUACGUCAGACCUGGAAAACAUGAGAAAGCAGAUGGAGGAACUUGAGCGACAGUUUUACGGGGAGCAGAACCAGAUACCAUUCGAGUUACCGGACCUGAGCGAGAAAUGA